AUGAUGACUAACCGACUGUGUGGUGUGUUGAGUGAUUUAAUUUUGAAAGAACAAAGUGCUUUUAUCCUGGGUAGGCUCAUCACUGAUAAUGCUAAGAUUGGCUUUGAGUAUCUAAACUUUACCAAACAUCACAAGAAGGGGAUGAAAGGUUUCUUGGCACUCAAAGCGGAUAUAGCUAAAGCCUAUGAUAGAGUAGAGUGGACUUUUCUUGUGGGAAUCAUGUGUCGGUUGGGCUUCCUCGAGCUAUGGGUUUCCCUUGUGUUUCAUUGUAUUUCUUUUGUUCGCUACUAUAUUAAUGUUAAUGGUCAAAAAUUGGGGGAUAUCACUUCUAUAAGAGGUAUUCGUCAAAGAGAUCAUUUGUCUCCUUUUUUGUUUCUUAUUUGGGCGGAAGGGCUUUCAUCAGUGUUUAAACAUGAGAGUAUAGUUGGGGGUAUUCAAGGCUUACCUUGUGGGAGAAGAUCUAUUAGAGACAAGAAUUGGAAAAAAUUAUUUGGUUGGAAAUCAAAGAAUUUUUUAGCUGUGGGUCGGGUGGUGCUCCUUAAAUCAUUUGUUCAGGCUAUACAGACCUAUGCUAUGAACUUGUUUCUUCUUCUUGUGAAAUUAAUCGAAGAACUACAUUAUCUUUGCGCCCAUUUCUGGUGGGGUGGGAAUGAUAAUAAUAGAAAUGUGCAUUGGUGUAUUUGGGAGAGAUUGUAUUGGCAUAAGUCUGAUGGUGGUAUGGGUUUUCGAGGGGAUCUUGAUUCCAUUUUAUGGGGCCGAGUACUCUUUGUGGAAGGAGGGCGCGUUGGCUCAUUGGUGAUGGGAACAAUGCUAACAUUUGUUUUGAGUCUCAUUGAUGAAUUAUUCUCUAGUGAUGAAGCUCUUCAAAUUUUGGCUAUUCCAUGGUCUCUUCAUCGUUAG